CGUGCCGUGUGCGUCCGUGCUUCGCGUUCCUUUGACAAGAAGCACCAACGCUCGAAGUCGGAGCGCGUUUCCAAGCUGUUGGUCCCUUCAGUGCUUUCCUGUCAUUGAAGAUGCCGGCAGUAUUUAAGAGCGAAGACGUGCGCUCCUUGCUCAAAGGCAAGCGCAUUGUUUUGAUGGGCUGUUCAAAUGUAAGAGCCAUGUACAAAGACCUGGUUUGCCUCUACCAGCACAACCAGUUCGUCUCAAACCAGAAGUUAAAACUGAAGAUGGAAGAGAGUUCCUUCGGAGACAUCCUCGUUUGUCACGGAAAGAAGCACAAUGGUCGUGAUUACAAAGAGGAACGGCUGUUCAAGAUGGACAAGACAACCAUCGCGUUCUACUUCCUUACCAGAGUCUACAAUGAUUACGUAAAAGCGAUCCUGGGAGGCAUGGUCGACGAAUUCGUGCCAGACGUAAUCAUCGUCGGAUCUUGCCUCUGGGACAUCACACGCUGGGGGCCUAAUGGCGUCGAAGAAUACAAGACAAACCUGGCCGUGUUCUUCGCCGAACUGAAACGAAUACUCCCACCAACUUCUCUAGUGAUUUGGCUCACGGCGGCCCCUCUGGCUCAGGACGUGCGAGGAGGAUUCCUCAUACCACAGCUCGAGUUCCUCAAGUACUCGCUGAGAUUUCACGUCCUUGAGGCAAACUCCUUCUGCAGAGAGACAGCUGACAAGUUUGGAAUGGAUGUUGUGGACAUCCACUACCACUUGCGCAUGCUGUUGGAGCAUCGAGCCGAAGACGGAAUCCACUGGCUGCCCCUGGCUGUGCGGCUCUGUACCAAUCUGGUCCUCACACACAUUGCCCUAUCAUGGGGUUUCAAGCUGCCACAAGGUGGACAAUUCAUCACGGACAAAGAGAGGAAGCUCAUGCUAGCUGAAGAGAAUGGUUUUGGCUACACGACUGAAGAGGACAGCAAGGGCGAAUGCAACAGUCUUCCUGCUGCGCUCUCCUUCAGCACCAUCCUUGGAUGUGACGAGGAAGUGAGAAAAGAGGUGAUAAAGAAUACCAUUGAAGUCCCACCAUCCGAGCGACCAAAGGCACGCAGGGGCAACUGGAGGGCCAGACGCUUCAGUGGGUUGCAUCCCUUUGGUGUCGCACAACAACACGAAAGAUGGCAAGGUCCAUGGCAGCCUGGCUUCCAGCAUCAAGGACCAGGACCAUGGAACAACGAAGGCCAGCCUCAGCCUCAUAGCCAGAGCAAUGGCUUCUAGCCAGACGAGUUCGGGAAUGUGCUUCGGAAUACGGUGCAAUACGAUGUGGCAAAGAAUUUAAAUAUGAAUGUUUACAGAUAAAUGAUGUGGAAUCAACAUA